AUGUCUAAUGAAUUUCUUCAUUGCAACGCGUGUUUUGCGUAUUUAACGUCCUCUACAGCCCAAGAAACGCAAAUAAGAUUUUGGUUGACUGAGUGUGGUCACGUAAUUUGUCUACCGUGUCUUAAUAAACACGGAGAGACCAGUCAAGAAAACUCUUCAACCACUACUGAACAUAUUUGUCCUGUGUGCAAUGCAAAAUGUGCUGCUGUUGAAUUGACUGAUCAACUUCCUCCAAACCUCAACAUGUUUUUUCGACCUGCCUACGAAAUAAUGGAUGAAACUGCGGACGUUUUGAGGUUUCAGCAAACAAAUACAUUUUCGUUAUUAAGAUUUUUGAAAGAUAAAGUGGCAAAGCAAAAACAAUUACUUGACAAAGCGAAAGAUGAAUUACUUCAAUAUAAAGAUACGAAAAA